AUGCCUGCCGCACCGCGCCAGGGCACUGAAAUUGCAACCGAUUCCACCACGCCACCGGCGCUUCUCCUGGCACAAGCAUGGACACAAUCAUAUAUCUCUCAGCUCACGGUAGGGGACAAAGAAGAACAAGAUCGACAUCACCAGGCUCACUUGAAGCAACAGCUUCGUCACUCGUGCGAUUGGCCUAGUUGCGCUCGGAGUUACAAAACACGUUCAUCGCUCAAUUGGCAUAAGACACAGGAUCACCGCCCAGGGUCCGCUCAUCUUUGCAACUACAGCUGUGGGAAACGUUUCAAGACAUUCGAGUUGCUGAGAAAACAUGAGGAAAAAGAUCAUCCCGAGUUGGUUGAGUUAAGCGGAGCAUACACUUGCUCCGAUCCAAGACCGGCAAGAAUGGCUCGCCAAAUAUCGAGCAAUACUCCCACCCAGCAGGAGCUAUCACAAGUUCAGGCGCCGCCGGAUAGUCUCACUCGGGCUUCACAAGCGUUCUUCCAUGGUUUCGACUUCCGGGCGACCUCGGAUGACAGCCCGACGUCGCCUAUGGUCACCCCCACCCAAGAAGGACCAUCGUCCCGCCACGAGAUGUCGACGGAUGAUGAAAUCAGUACCUUGCAAGCGUUCCCCAACUCUACCAUCCAACAGGAGACCAAAGGCCACGAAAGCUUCUGUCACGCUAUCAACUACAGAGCUUAUCGUUCAGUGACAACCUCUGCUGACCGAGAUAUUAAAACACGCAUCCUGCAAUCGCUAAGCGACCCAGGCUCGACGCCCUUUGAGGAUGAUCCACGAGAGUGGUUGGCCCAAACGUCUACCACGCUGAGAAGUUGUUUCAUUGAGACAGAAGUAGCGACGAAGAAGCACAUGAUGACCAUACACACAUUCGUACAGCAACUACAGCACGCAAAAUCCUUAUUAAGACUUUGCGCCAGCAUCUGUGGCCCUCAGUCAGGCGUGAAUGAGGCUUAUGAUCAGUGUAUUAAGGCAGAGGGCUUUGCAAGGGAGUUGAAUAUCGCAUUCCAGCGUCGGGCAUAUGACCUUUGGGGUUCACUAACUUUGCCUGACUGA